UAUCUCCAGCGGCGCGCGCCUCGAAUCUGGAGUGCAGCGAUUUCUAUAUCUAAAGUUGUGUGGCCAGACGCCCAUCACAGGCAUCUUGUUUCGACUUCACGGCAUCUCUCAACCUCACCUCUGCGACACGAAAGGGCUUCACCAGAAGCUAUAAUCGCGAUAAUCAUGCAACCCUCGGCCGUAACCUCCGCCGUCUCAAGCGACAACCUCGAAAUCCCCCUCAUCGACUUCUCCGCCUACCUCUCCGGCGACACCUCCACAAAACGCACCACCGCCCAAGCAAUCCUCUCCGGUUUCCAAAAAGCCGGUUUCAUAUACCUCAAAAAUCAUGGAAUUCCUCCAGAACAAGUCCGAGAAGCUUUUGCGCAAUCUGCGAAGUUUUUCGCGAGAUCUACAGAACAAAAAUUGGAAUUAGGUUGGACGACACCGAGAGCGAAUAGAGGCUAUAGUCAACCCGGUCGCGAAAAAACCACAGACGCGACGGAUCCGGCUGAAAUUGAAAAGAUCAGAGAAGCUGAAGGUGCGGAUUUGAAAGAGUCGUUUGAGAUUGGGAGGGAAGGAGAGGAAGGGUGUCCGAAUCAGUGGCCUGAUAGGUUUGGUGAUGCGGAAGGAAAAGAAUUCAAAGCUUUCAUGUUGGAAUUCUUCGAUCAGGUGAAAGAGUUGCAUGAGAGGGUUAUGCAGGCUAUUGCGGUAGGGUUGGGGAUUGAAGAGAGUUGGUUUGAUUCUUAUACGGAUCGAGGGGAUAAUAAUUUGAGGUUGUUGCAUUAUCCGGAGGUGAAGGCGGAGGUGUUUAGGAAGAAUAAGAAUACGGUGAGGGCGGGAGCGCAUACGGAUUAUGGGAGUAUUACGUGUUUGUUUCAGGAUAUGCGUGGUGGCCUGCAAGUGCUUAGUCCGAAUGGGAACUAUAUCGAUGCGACACCCAUCGAAGACACCAUUGUCGUGAAUGCAGGAGACUUGUUGGCCCGGUGGAGCAACGAUACGAUCAAGAGCACCAAGCAUCGUGUCGUUGAGCCACCUUCUGCAGCUGACGUGCAUCCUGCACGCUACUCGAUUGCGUAUUUUUGCAAUCCUAAUUUUGAUCGGCUAAUUGAGGCAAUUCCUUCGACCUAUGGCCCAGACAGGCCGAAGAAGUAUGCUGGGGUGAACAGUGGUGACUAUUUGGAGCAGCGUCUUUCGGCGACCUACUGAUGAUGUGUCAUGCCAAUGCGUGCAGAACGACAGUACCUGCGCACGAGUUGAGGCUCUUUGAGCUGGGUCAGGGUAGGAUCGGGAAUAAGCCUCACUGGAGUCUCGAGUUUGCGCUUGCACUUGGUGAGGCUCAACAUGAGUGAGGUUGACUAGGGCGUGUUGUGCCGAGCGCGCCGAGGCGUCAAUGGCUCGUCAGCUUGUGCAAUUGCUCCAUCGGCAUGGCGUAGCGGAGACACGUGGAAAAUGGAGGCUUUUUGCAUCCUUGAAAACAGGAAAAGGUGUUCGGCG